CACAAUCUUGACGGAAAGGCAACCAUUUUGACCAUUUAAUAAUAAACUAAACUUGGUUUUUUCUUGACUUUGGCAAAAGACACAGACAAACCAAAUUGUUUUGGUUAAUAUCAGUUCCAUUUAUUUAUAUAUUUGGUACACCCGAGGAGGAGUUGUUUCAGAAGUGGGUUCAGUAAUAAAGAGAUUUUAAUGAAGCUGUCUCAUCUGACUUUGGGUUAUCUCUGUUUUUGAAGCUUGCAAAAUCUCCAGAAUCAUUGAUGACUUCAUUCUAGAAGAGUCCAAGUGGGCAAGUUGUGUGUCAAACCAGAAGAUCGAAUUUUGAAGACGUUCAAAUCAUAAGCACCCAUUCAAGCAUUUAUAGCAGAAAAUUGUUGUUAAGGAGAGCUUUGAAGAUUCAUCAUAUUAACUUCUGUUGAAAAUGGGCCUCACAAAUGGCACAAGAUUAAUGGUGCCUUUAUCGUUGAUGGUGCUGAUUUUAGCGUUAAAUUUCAUAGAAAUUGGUGGUAGUGCUUCUUCUCCAGAUACAAAUUCAAGCAAUGAAGAUGAUACAGUAAGAGUGGAUCCAUUGGACAAUUUUAACAAGUAUAGAGGAGGAUUUGAUAUCACUAACAAGCAUUAUUGGAGUUCAGUUGUAUUUACAGGGAUCUAUGGAUAUGCAAUCGGACUCUUAUGGCUUUUAUGUGGAAUAUUGUACGGGAUCUAUCUCUUGGCAACUACUUACUGUUGCAAAAGAAACAGAAAACCCGACAUAAAAUCUGUCUGUCACAAGCAAUGUUACUUAUGGCCUAUUCUCCUAGCCAUGAUCUUCACAAUCCUGGCCGUAGCUGCUUCAGGUUUAGUUCUUGGAGGGACUGUUAGGUUCCAUUCUGAAGCGAAAACAGUCGUGGACAUUAUUAUAAGAACAGCAAAUGAGGCAUCAGACACUAUAUACAACACUACGGGCGCCAUGAAAGAAAUGAGGGAUAGCUUGGGUGACACUAAUGGAGCUGGUGAGGCUUCUAGUUUUCUUACAACUACAUCUCGGAGAUUGGAUGUUGAAGCUGACGAUAUUGCAAGACAGGCUAGAAAAAACAGACGAAUGAUCGAUAGGGGUCUCCAGAUAGUGUUUAUAGUAACCACAGUGACUAUUUCCUUGAACCUGGUAGCAGUUAUUGCUUUGUCUGUGACUGGAAUUCUGAGAAUUCGACGACCACUUUACUGGCUAAUUGGAAUAUGUUGGAUCUUGACAAUUCUAUGCUGGUUGUUCUUUGGGAUAUAUUUCGUGUUGGAAAAUUUUUCAGGUGAUACAUGUACAGCUCUGGAAAAUUUCCAAGAAAAUCCAUACAAUAACACUUUGAGUUCGAUUCUUCCUUGUGAUGAGUUGCUGUCUGCAGAAUCAGUCCUGUCUGAUGUUAGUGCUGGAAUUUAUAACCUUGUUAAUGAGGUGAAUGCGAACAUAUCGGAGCUGCGAGCGACAACAUAUCCUAAUCUUGCUCAUGUUUGCAACCCUUUCACCGCACCACCGGAAUAUACAUAUCAGCCAAAUAACUGCCCCGCUAAUACGAUCAGGAUCGGCGACAUACCGAAGAUAUUGGAAGUAUUUACAUGUUCGGAUGCCAACAAUGGAAGCUGUGGAGAGGGACAAUUCAUAUCCAGCAACGAUUACAAAACAGUGGAGGCUUACACAAGUUCAGUUCAAAACCUGCUAAAUGUAUAUCCAGGCAUGGAAAAUCUAGUCCAAUGCCAGUCCGUGAAGGACGCAUUUUCCGAGAUCCUCGGCCACCACUGCAAGCCAUGGAAGCGAGCCGCCCGCAUGGCGUGGGGGGCAAUGGUGUUUCUCUCAAUCAUCAUGGUAAUUUUGGUUCUCAUAUGGACGGCGCAAGCUCACCAUGAUCGACAACUUCAUUCCUCAGACAUUUCAACCAAACCCCAAUCUCAAACAAUGGGUUCAUUGGGAUUAGAAGCAAAUAAUGAAGUGAAGAUCAAACAUCAUGAUUCAGUUUAAAAGCAAAAAAAGAGAUGCAGAUUUGAAGAUUGGUACUUUGGAAGACAAAGCCGGCAGCAGCUUCCAAGAAACGCUAGUUUUGUACAGGUGAGAGAGAUGCAACAAAAUUAAUUAAAUUGAAAUAAAGAUAGAUAGAGAUAAAUUAUACGAAAUAGGUAAAGGAAAAUAGAAUACAGGGACCAUUUUUUAUGGUCUUAGAUUGAAGUUUAGAUUUUUUAUUUAUUUAUAAUAUUACAAGAAUUACAGUUUUUUGCUUCUUUAAUUUAGUAGUGUCAAAUCUGGGGAUCAACCCCUUAAAUAUAAUGUAAUAUUUACUCGUUGACCUAUAAAAAGAACAUUUAUUCAUCUAUAUUUCUGGGUCA